AUUAUCCAAACGAAGCCCUUAAAACAAAACGUUCAAAUUUGAACUCCAAAGAGUUGGAAGCCCAAAUUCACUCGGAAUUCAAGAGUUGAGUUGGGGUUGAUGAUUUCACAGCUUGGAUUGAGGCUGCAAUAGUUAUCGGAUGGAUGGUUGAGCAAUGAGUCCGAUCGAUGGAGACGUGGACAUCUGAUCUGAACUACGCUCCUCAAGAGGCAGAGCUAUGGCCUGUGAGCAAAGAACUGACAGACAGUGAUACGAGCACGAGGCGAGGGAGGGUCCAAUUCCCUGGACGACCGUUCAGGCAACACAUUGUGGACCACAUGGACCAUCACAACAAACGGAGCUUAGAUCAGGAUCCGAACCAGACCAGAAUCGGAGCCGUCGAUGACGAUACCUCUCAUGUCUAUGAAGUGAAGCUCACCAACGAAGGAAGCACGUUCAGUCUCGGAGCGGGUUGGAACCAUAUCAUUCGCCGGAGAGAACUUAGGGCUAAAAUGCUCAUCAAACUCCGAUGGGGACUCCUCGAUCAUUGCUUGCACUUCACUAUUCCACCACCUCAAUCUCAUGAAGGUGAAGAUGAAAAAAGGAUAAUUGAAGAAAAUCAGAAUGUUGAGAGUAGCAAGAAGAGGAAAACAUCAGACUCUAAUUCUUCCUCUUCCUCUUCCUCGUCAUGUUCUUCGGAAGAUGACUCUAUUGCCGCGUUGAUUCAACAGGAUCAAGACAAAUUCUAUGAGAUUAUGAAUUUAGUGAGGCCAAAGAUAGUUGAGCAAGUAUUUCAAGUCCGUAAUAAGAAGCAGUGCCUCCAUUGUGACCGAGAGGGAAGCCACUAUCAGCUAAUGAAAGACUACUUCAACGAGAAUUGCACAUAUCCACCGGAGUACUUCCACAGGCGAUUCAGGAUGCGAUGAGAACUUUUUCUUCGUAUCCUUAAUGAUGUCAAAACUUAUGAUGACUACUUUGUCCACCAAAAAAAAAGGAUGCGACUGGUCGUCUGGAGCUGUCCUUUAUACAAAAGAUGACAACUGCUGUUCGUAUACUUGCAUAUGGUUGUGCAGCCGAUCACUAUGAUGAGUAUAUUAAAAUCGGCGAGAGCAUUGCCAUUAAAUGCUUGAAGGCAUUUUGUAAUGCUAUUGUUGCUGUGUAUGCAGAGGAGUAUAUGCGCCACCCAACGAAGUCGACAUGGCACGGCUGCUUGAAGAAGGGGAGCAGAGAGGAGUCCCGGGUAUGCUUGGUUCUAUCGAUUGUAUGCUCUGAUAUUGGAAAUAGUUGUCUCACAAGAUUUGUGGAUCUGGCAUGCAUUCUUUGGAAUGCCAGGUUCACACAAUGAUAUAAAUGUGUUGGAUCAUUCCCCGGUAUUCAACGGUAUCGUCAAUGGCCAAUUCCCUCUGGUUAAUUAUGUAGUGAAUGGACAUCACUAUAAAAUGGAGUAUUACCCAUCUGAUGGUAUAUACCCUAAGUGGGCAACUUUGAUGCAGACCAUUUCGCACCUAACCACUGGAAAAGAAAAUUUGUUUGCUCCGCGACAAGAGGCAUGCAGGAAAGAUGUGGAGCGGGCUUUUGGAGUAUUGCAGAUCAAGUGGGCAAAAACGCAAGGACCAAUGCGUUAUUGGAAGAAAGGUGACUUGUGCCUCAUAAUGAAAACGUGCAUCAUCCUUCACAAUAUGAUCAUUGAAGAUGAGUGUUACGCAAAUGUUGGAAGAUGGACUUCGCCAGCGGUGGAUGCAAUCCCGAUUCCUACUUUAAGUCAAUGCGCAUCGGUUUUAGUGGCACACAUAUUCUCCCACCAACUUCAGAUUCGCAACAGAGAGACAAAUACGCGGUUGAGGAAUGGUUUGAUGAAAAAUUUGUGGAACCGCUAUGGUGGUGAAGAUGUUUAAUUUAUGUUGCAUUUUGUUUACUUUAAAAAUGUUAUGACAUUUCUUGUACUAGAACUUUUAUUAUGUUAUGGUUUUUUAAGAUUAAAAAUAAUGAAUUGGAAUAAGAAAAUAAGGAUUACAAAAUCCUAUAGGAAUAAGAAAAUGAAAUUUUAAUUUUAAUUUUUUAUAAAAGUUUUAAAAAAUUAAAUUUUUUAAACAUUUUUUUUUUAAAUUUUAAAUUAAAGCCAUUAAGGCAUUGUUUGUGUCAGCCAAACAAUGCCUUAACGGCCAAAUGUACUGUUUGUGGCAUAAAUUUAAAAUUUAAAACAAAAAAAAGUUUUAAAAAAAAUCAAAUUUUAAGAGGAGGGGGGGAAGGUUUUUAAAUUUAUUUUUGGCCCAAAUAAAUUUUUUUUGGGACAAACAGUGCCGAAACAAUAUAUUUUUUAUUUAAUGAAUUUUGUUUUAUUUUUUAAAAUAUAAAUGAGCCCAAAAUAACCUAUUUUUUGGUUUUUUCCAAAACUACCCAUGCUGCCAAACAGUGCCUUAAGGCAUUGUUCCUGAGUUAUGAACACUAAAGCCCAAAACGACGGCGUUUUAGCCAGAUUGCGAGCCCAUGUGGGCCCGCCCAAUUAUCGCCAGCCCGCUGCGGGCGCAUUUGGGCUGCUCCUUGCGGAAAGGGCCGUUUGGCUAACCCAGUGCGGAUGCUCUUAGGUGCUUCCUUGAGUGCUAAGGCUACUAGUGUGAUUCAUUUUUAACUUAUAGUCAAUUUGGUAUUAUAAUAUUUAGGAUAUUCAGAAUUAGUUCAAACCAGUCUUUGAAAUCCUGCCAUGUUAACUUCUUACAUGUUUAGUUUAAAUAUUAUUUAUAGUUUUAUUAGUCUUUAUCAAUUAAAUUUGUCUUAUUUAUAUAAUCCUUUUAAUCACAGGUGAAACCUCGCAUCAGUAGCGAAUUGGAAAUUUAGAAAGAUGCACAUUGUACCAGCAUAAAUUAGCACAUUACUAAUUUGCAGAGUGACCGCACAUAUUGCUGUUUGAGUGUUUGUUGAACGAGGUUGUGGCCAUUUCAUCACCCACUUUGCUAAUCAGGUAUGGGAUAUGGUCGAGGGCGGAAAAUCCCAGAUAUAAUGCUUUUGUUGGAAACUAAGGUCAAUUGCGGUAGGGCUAACUUGAUUACCAAAACUUAUGUUUGAGCAAGUGCAUCCUCAAAUAUUUUCUAAGGUGUAUAUGGCUUUGGUAGAGCAUUUCUGAGUGUAAUGUUUCUAUCAUUGAUUAGCAGGUUCAUUCAUAAUGAAAUUUGUUGAUGUGUGGAGAUUCCCACUGGUUCCGAACUCUGUUUACAGAUAUCCAUGAUGCUAAUGAACUUUUGUUUUGGUCUACCAUUGGGGAAUCAUGUUAGAACAGUUGCUGCAUGGAUGCUAAGGAGACUUCUGUGUAGACUCACACUACCUGGGGGAUGAACCGGGAUGACAUUGUAGGCACUUUUUGGUUUAUGGGAUUCCACGACUGAUAUCUCUAUAAUCCUCAAUGUGGGGAGUUCCAGGAGCUGGAAGCUGCAAAAGAAGAAUAUGCUUAUACCAUCUUCAAGGUACACAAGGGAUAGAACAUUCUUCUACUAAAGAUUGUGGCCUUGUUUUUGUAAAGGAAUCGUGUUUGUGCCCAGCUAUCACGGAGAUGAUUGAGCAAUUCACGCCCAACUCUCGAAGGAAGAAUCGGCACAAAAAAUCCUAGAAGAAAAUUGAAUACAUACUGCAUAACUUGGUUCCCGUCGUCUGCAUUCCAAAGAAUUUAAUGUCUUGUGCCCUCAUAAAUUCCUGUUAAUAGAGUUGAUUGGUCAUGGGUUGGUGAACAUAUUGUUCAUUGCAGUGAGAAUGAUAGCCUAGAAUGAUCAACUUUUGUAAUACCAAGUCGAUUAUGACCCUACUUGAGUCUGAGAAAUAGUGUUGUCUUAUAGCAUGAUCAACGUGUUCAUGCUAGUGUUGGGUACCAUAAGUUGGAGCUGGUUUGAUCACUGAAGUCUUUCUAAAAUGGGAUGGUUGUGAUUGGACUGUCAUUCCUAAUUGUCUUGGCUGCAUUUUGCAUUACAGAGACUAUGAUGAGAUGCUGCCAUCCAUUGGUGGAUUGUGAAGUUUAUUCUGCUGUGUUCUGUAAUAUGGUAUUUUAAAGCAAAGAAAGGUUCAAACUGCGCACAGCUCUUAAUGGUCUUUCUAAGCAAUGAUACCAUUAAUACAUAUACAUGUAUACACACCUGCUUAAUAUCUUGUGUAUAUACAUGGCUUGCGACUUUUUGUACCGUUUGAUUUUA